UAGAAAUGUUUGGCAACACUUUAUCUGACUAUAAAAUAAUAUCUGUACUGGGAAAACAAAAUGGAAAAUUCUGUACUGUAUACAUGGGAAAGUGUGGUUCUCCAAAUUAUUCCAUUGCUAUCAAGAAGUUAUGCCUAGAAAAAACGGAAGACAAAGAGUUACAAAAUAUAAGUGACGAAAUCAUUUUAACUCGUCAAUUUAGACACCCUAACAUAAAUUCAAUUCUUCAUAGUUUUGUAUGCAAUAGCGAUGUUUAUAUUAUAACUCCGUUUAUGUGGUUUCGAAGCUGUGAAGACCUGCUGGAAAACUUAUUUCCUACUGGAUUUUCUGAACCUCUAAUAGCAUUGAUUUUACGAGAUGUUCUCGCUGCGCUUAUAUAUAUUCAUAAAAAUGGCAUUAUUCAUGGAUCCAUUAAAGCUGGCCACAUAUUACUAGAUAAAAAAAAAGCCGUACUGACUUGUUUUCGAGAAUCUCGUUGUUUCAUUAAUCAUGGAAAGAAUAGCUUUGUCAUCCGUGGAAUAUCAUCCGGACACAAAGAUAUUAUAAAUUGGACGGCUCCAGAAGUUUUGGAUCAAAAUUUAAAUGGAUUCACAGAGAAAUGUGACUUAUACUCAAUUGGAAUAGCUUGCUGUGAAAUUGCAAAUGGAAUCAAACCCUAUUCCGAGGCACAACCUACUUUUAUGUUCACUGAAAAAACUCGUGGAAACGUGCCAUCAUUGCUAGACCAGUCAACAUGCUUUCAUCUUAUGGAAGAAGAAGGAACUAUACAAUUUGGCACCUUGACGAGAAAACAUGAAAUUUAUAGUCAACGCAUAUUUUCUGAUGAAAUGCACCAGUUUGCUGAAAUUUGUUUAAAUCGAAAUCCCUUAAAUCGGUGGAGUGCAGAAAAAUCAAUUACACACUCUUUUUUUAAGCAGUGUCGUUAUACGAGUAUUUCGGAUCAACUUCAAUACACUGUCUUAAACUUACAAGAUCCAUUUAAAAUAGAAGAUGGAGCUUUGGAAAACACAGAGGAGAGUAAAAAUCGAUUUGAAGACGAGCCUUGGGAUUUUUAGUAACUAUAAAAAUAUAUAAUUUGUUGUCAAUGGAAAAAAUAAAGAAAUGAAGCCGGUG